CCUGGCGCGGGCCGGGCCGGGGCCGGGGCCGGCGGGGAGCGGCGGCGGCGGCGGCGGCGCGGGGUGGCGGAGCGGCGCUGGCGGCGCGGGGACCUGAGUGGGCCGGACGCAUGGGCAGCGGCGGGCGAGGUCGCCCGCGUGCCCCUGCCCGCCCGGGGCCCCCCCGCCAUGGCCAUCGUGCAGACGCUGCCCGUGUCCAUCGAGGCUGCUCCUGAGGGGGCCACGCAGCUCCGUGCUGGUGCCCGCUCACCGCCCACCGCCCGCGGUGCCAUGGGCAGCGUCGGCAGCCUCAUCUCCAGCCGGCCCUGCCACGACCGCUCCUGCAAGCCCGCCGACGGGGGGCCCUCCGGCUCCUUCCGCAAGCAGGACGGGCUGCUCCAAGCGACCCCCCAGGACCCCCUGCUGCACGCCCUGCCCCCCAAGAAGCCCUGCUCAGCUGUGCCCGGCGUGGCCCACGCUUACGCCAACGAAGGCUUUCACGGCGACUGGCUGGAGGCCGCCUCUCCCGUCAGCCCCUGCAGCGACUCGGAUGAGGCCCGGGAUGACCGAGCCCAGAGUGGCAACAUCCGUGGGCCCCCUCCCAAGCUCGUCCCCGUCUCCGGCAAGCUGGAGGAGAACGUGGAGAAGACCCUGAUCCGCCCCAUGGCCUUCAAGCCGGUGGUGCCCAAAGUAAGGACUGCUCCGGGAGCAGCCAGUCUGGGUGCGCGCCCGGGGCCCCCGGUGCUCUCGGAGAGCCAGGUGAGCCUCACGCACUUGCUGGGGGCCACCGGCAGCGACAAACCCGGCUCGCUGAGCUGCCGCACCAGCAGCCACUCGGGCACCCUCUCGGACUCGGGGCGCAACUCCCUGUCCAGCCUGCCCACCUACAGCACGGGCUGCAGCCAGCACGCCGAGGCAGGCACCCUUCUGGCCACCCCGCACGGCCACCCCGACGCUCAGGGCGGCUACCGGCCGCUGGCCGGCCCCUCCAACUCGGACAGCGGGCGCUCGUCCUCCAGCAAGAGCACGGGCUCGCUGAGCGGCCGCGGCCGGCCCUCCUCGGACAGCGGGUCGUGCGGGCGCUCGCCCCUGCCCGGAGAUGAGGUGCUGCUGGUGCACGAGCUGGAGGACAAGCUGCGGGAGAGGGAGGCCGAGCUGCAGCAGCUGCGUGACAGCCUGGAUGAGAACGAGGUGGCCAUCUGCCAGGUGUACGAGGAGAAGCAGCGGCGCUGCGAGCAGGAGCUGGAGGGGCUGCGGCAGCGCUGCGCGGCCCAGGUGCGCCAGGCGGCCCAGCAGGCCCAGCGUGGGCAGCAGGUCCUGCAGCUCCAGGUCCUGCAGCUCCAGCAGGAGAAGAAGCAGCUGCAGGAGGACUUCGCCCAGCUGCUGCAGGAGCGGGAGCUGCUGGAGCGGCGCUGCGCCUCCUUCCAGCGGGAGCACACCGAGCUGGGACCCCGGCUCGAGGAGACCAAGUGGGAGGUGUGCCAGAAGUCGGGGGAGAUCUCCCUGCUGAAGCAGCAGCUGAAGGAGUCGCAGGCGGAGCUGGCGCAGCGGGGCACGGAGCUGCUGCUGCUGCGGGCCCAGCUGCGGGAGGCGCGCGCUGAGCUGCAGGUGGGUGAGCAGCAGGCGCUGGGGCUGCAGGAGGCCGCCCGGCUCAAGGCGCUGGAGCUGGAGGUGUGCGCCAACGAACUGCAGCGCCGCAAGAGCGAGGCUGACCUCUUCCGCGCCAAGGCGGGCCGGCUCGAGCAGGAGGUGGCGGGGCUGCGGGACGCGGCCCGCGGACGCUGCCCCGAGCCGGGCGAGGGGGGCCCCGAGCCCGGCGAGGAGGCCUGGGGGGCCGCGGGGCUGCACCGGCAGCUGGAGCGGCUGCGGGCCGAGGUGGCGCUGGAGCGGAAGCGCGGGCAGGAGCAGCGGGACGCCUUCGAGCGGGAGCGGAGCACGUGGCAGGGCGAGAAGGAGCGGGUCAUCCAGUACCAGAAACAGCUGCAGUACAACUACAUCCAGAUGUACCGCCGCAACCGGCGGCUCGAGCAGCGGCUCCAGCACCUCCGGCUGCAGGGCGAAGACCACCCGCCCGAGCCUUGCGACCCCUCUGGCCCCGAGCCGCCCUUUGAGGAGAUCACGGCCACCGAGAUCUGAGACGCUGCCUGCCCCAGCCCCGCUCGCGGAUGGUAGGGGGGCCUCCAGCCCUGUGGAUUUUGGGAGCCUUGGGCUGGGAUCAGGGAUCCCCAUCUCCCCCUGCUAUGCAGAGACUGGUGGCACUGGAGCGUGGAUGCUGCCCCCUGCUUAGCAUCAGGCCGGGGUGGGGGUGAGGCUGUGUUGGCACCCACUGCGGCAAGGGGAUGCUCCUGAGAUGUCGGGCCAGGUGGGUGCCGCGUGCCCGGUGCUGGGGCUGCCUGGAGCCGGAUCCUGCUGAUCCUCUUAGUGUCCGGGGGAUUAGCGGCGCUGGCUUCAGCCAGGGUCACCUUGCAUAGCAGGAGGGCUGGGUUGUGUCCCCCCUCCCCUUCCCUCCUGGCACCAUCACCCACCCACUUCCAGAGGGGACAGCAUGCCCUGUCCCUGCCUGUGCCAGCCUUCCCCCCACCCCCGAUGUCUUCGUCAGGGGAUUUGUUUCUGUGCCAUUUUAAAUAACUCUAUUUUUAUAGGACCUACCAAAACAUACUGCCUGCCCCCAGCUCAUGCCCUGCCUGCGUGUGGCCCCGUCACCCCUGCCGUGGGGCACGUUGCCCUCAGUGCCUUUCCCAUGCCCUUGCUCCCCAGCAUCCCGCCCCCCCCCCAAAAAAAGCCUGGCCCAUGCCCCUGUGAUGCCUGGCCCAGGGGUGAGGGGCACGGUGCCCGGGGGGGCCAGUGCUGCUCACUGGCUGGGGACACCCCGGGGACCACGCCAAGCCUGGGGGUCCCAGGGGUGUGUGUGUGUGGGGGGGGGGGGUCAGCACCUGCUCCCUGGGGAGGUGAGGGGCUGAGCUGCUGUGCCCACAGAGUCAAACCAAAGGAAAAGCCUGGCCAUGCCCAGCUGUGGCUUGGUCGCCCCCAGCUCUCGGGGGGGUUUUAUACUUUAUUUCCGUUGUGUCCCACUUCCAGAGCCUGGCUCGCCCUUGUACCACCCCAAAAUGCCAAUUAAAACCAAGCUCCUGGCUGUGUUUUUUCA